GCAAGCAGUACAAGACGCGACGAUAUCGUGAAUGGUACCGUGUGACUUUCGCGCACUUUUUUUUCUUAAAAAGUCACGCGAUUCGAAAUUCGAAUAUUUUUGUUUAGCGCGAAAAAGUUUUCUUUUUUACAUAAUCUGUGGAUGAUUUUUUACGCUCUGUGUUGUGUUUUUAUUGCAAUGGUAGAUUUAAAUUAGAUAUUAAUUGUUGAUUUUGUGUUGAGAUUAUUUACUGUAUUUGCUGUGUUGUGUUGCGUUCAAUUUCUAGUACUUGUGAAAUUGUGAAAUAUAAUUCCUGUGUGAAUCAAAUCAAUUCAAUUCAAAUAAAUUGUGAUACGAACACGAUUAUUAAGUGAAAGCGUAAUUAAAUAAAUAUAUAAAGUUAUGUGAAAAAGUGUCAAUAUAAGUGUAAGUGUAAAGAUGGAAUAAGUGAUACUUAGUGUCAAAGUGCAAAAUGUUGUCCCGUGGAUUUAAAUAUUCCUUGUUGGAAGAUGAGGAUAUCGGGGACCCACCCCAGGAGCCUGUCUCGAUACGCGUCCCGAUAAAUGGCAUGACAUGCCAGUCGUGCGUGAAGAGCAUAGAGGGCUCCGUCGCGGAGCUGCCGGGGGUCACGUACGUCAAGGUGGAGCUAUCAGAAAACGCGGGCUACUUCAGAUAUGACCCGCGCGCUUGUUCCGCGGAAGCUAUCCGGGCCCACAUAGAGGAUAUGGGCUUCGAAGUGCCCGCGGACGGUGGUGACGAGACCAGAAAACUGCUCCCCCGCGAAAUACCAACGGAUCUAUUAAUCGACAUGACGGGCGCGGGGCCGCCGGAACAAGAAACCGUGUUGGCGGUGACGGGGAUGACGUGCCAGUCGUGUGUAAAUACUAUUGAGGGCACUCUAAAAGAGAUGCCAGGCGUGAUCCGCGCUAGCGUCAGUCUCUCCGAACACAAGGCUAGCGUCACACACUCGCGCGGAUCGGUGACGCCGCGUCAAUUGGCAGAUGCGGUAUAUUCGUUGGGUUUCGAUGUCGAGAUUGUAGGUGAAACAGAUACACAGCACGAUCAAGCGUCAGGUGACGGCGCCAAAAAGUCACCGGUUAAAAACAGAGCUCAAACUAAUGGUACAAUAUCCCCCGUUCCCGAAGAGAUAUCAACGUGCACGCUAGAAGUGCGCGGUAUGACGUGCGCUUCGUGUGUCGCCGCUAUAGAGAAGCAUUGCUCGAAAAUAUACGGCGUCCACUCAAUAGCAGUAGCGUUGUUAGCCGCGAAAGCGGAAGUCCGUUACGAGCCGCGCAAGAUAUCGGCUAGUGCUCUCGCUCACUCACUCACUGAGUUGGGCUUCCCGGCCGACGUGCUGAGUGAGAGCGGUGCGCCCAGGGAGGUCACGCUGGCGAUAAAAGGCAUGACCUGCGCGUCUUGCGUUAGCAAAAUUGAAAAGACUGUGCUCAAACUGAACGGUGUUGUGUCGUGUGUAGUCGCACUUACUACUUGCAAAGGCAAAGUAAAAUACGAUCCGGAAAUAAUAGGGGCUAGGAAAAUUUGCGACGCUGUGAACAGUCUCGGGUUCGAAGCCACAGUACUGAAUACGAACCAGAGGAAUGCGAGCAAUUAUUUUGAACAUAAGGAGGAAAUAAGAAAAUGGCGGAACGCGUUCCUAGUGUCACUAAUAUUCGGUGCCCCGUGCAUGGCGGCCAUGAUAUAUUUCAUGUCGAUCAUGGGGGACGAUGAAAAUGGACACAAGAACAUGUGCUGUGUAUUACCUGGGUUGAGUUUGGAGAAUCUUAUUAUGUGGGCGCUGGCAACGCCUGUACAGUUUAUCGGUGGUUGGCACUUUUACAAGCAAGCGUACAAGGCGUUACGUCACGGCACGUCCAAUAUGGACGUUUUGAUCUCUAUGACUACCACUAUAAGUUACGCAUACUCCCUAAGCGUGGUGAUAGCAGCGAUGGUGUUGCAACAAGACACGUCGCCAUUGACUUUCUUCGAUACACCUCCAAUGUUGCUAGUUUUCGUCUCUCUGGGACGAUGGUUGGAGCAUAUUGCUAAGGGCAAAACCUCGGAAGCUCUAUCCAAACUACUCUCUUUAAAACCGACGGAAGCUGUGCUCAUGACGUUGGACAGUGAGGGGAAUGAACUUGCGGAGAAGAGUAUCCCGGUAGAGUUGGUCGAGAGGGGGGAUAUAUUGAAGGUAGUGCCAGGAGCUAAAAUACCAGUAGACGGUAAAGUGCUAUCUGGUCAGAGCACGUGUGAUGAAUCACUAAUUACUGGAGAGUCUAUGCCUGUGCCUAAGUCUAAAGAUUCGCUAGUGCUGGGCGGGUCCAUCAACCAGCACGGCGCGCUGGUGAUGUUGGCGACGCACACGGGCGACGCGUCCGCGCUCGCGCAGAUCGUGCGCCUCGUGGAGGACGCGCAGACCAGCCGCGCGCCCGUGCAGCGCCUGGCCGACACUAUCGCGGGAUAUUUCGUACCAAUCGUAGUCUUCCUAUCUGUACUGACUCUUGUUUGUUGGAUGAUCAGCGGUGCGAUAGACAUAUCAACGAUAAAAAGUAUUACACCGCCAAUGUACCGCCACUUCUCUGACUGGGAACUAAUAGUGCAAACGUCAUUCCACUUUGCACUAUCAGUGCUAGCUAUAGCAUGUCCCUGUGCUCUGGGCCUGGCCACGCCCACGGCAGUGAUGGUGGCCACGGGCGUGGGCGCAGCGCUGGGACUGCUGAUCAAGGGCGCUGAGCCGUUGGAGCAUGCGCAUAAGGUGAAGACGGUGAUAUUCGACAAGACGGGCACGAUAACGCGCGGUCGGGCGCGUGUGGCCCGCGUGGCGCUGCUGACGGGCUCGGCGCGCGCGCUGCGCGAGCUGCUCGCCUGCGUGCGCGCCGCGGAGCUCAGCUCGGAGCACCCCCUCGCGUCCGCGAUAGUAAGCUGGUGUACAGCAGUAGUAGGCGAAGAGCCCCGCGCACACUGCCGCAGCUUCACAGCGGCGCCGGGCUGCGGCCUCCGGGCUAAACUGGCGCUUCGCCCCCGAGCGGGGGACUCGGACUGGGAGCCGCCGGUGGGGGACAGAGAAACAUCGUCGUUCAACCUGCACGGAGUACCCGUAGACAUCAUAGAGGGGGAGGGGGAUGCUGCGCUCAGUUCCGCUCAAGCUGCACAUAGACUGAAUGCGAUCAUACGGACGGAUAGCGAUCAGGAGGUUGAACAAAUAAUACUAAUCGGCAACAGAGAGUGGAUGGCCCGUAACGGUGUGACCGUGCCGCGUCGGGUGCAAAGUGUGCUCAGUGAUGACGAGGAGUUGGGCAGAACUGCUGUUUUGGUGGCUAUUAAUGAUCAGCUAGUAUGCACAAUCGGUGUGGCCGACGAGGUGAAGCCGGAGGCCCAUCUCGCUGUAUACUGUCUCAAGAAAAUGGGCUUGGAAGUUUGUUUGUUGACAGGGGAUAAUAGGAAAACUGCUGUGGCUAUAGCUAGACAGGUUGGCAUCACAAAAGUGUACGCGGAAGUGUUGCCGUCGCACAAAGUGGCCAAGAUACAAAAGUUGCAGGAGAAGGGACAGAAAGUUGCUAUGGUAGGUGACGGUGUAAACGACUCGCCCGCUCUAGCGCAAGCUGACGUUGGUAUUGCCAUCGCUAGCGGCACCGAUGUGGCCGUGGAGGCUGCUGACCUUGUGCUCAUGAGGAACGAUCUCCUAGACGUGGUGGCGUGUCUAGAACUAUCUAGAACAACAGUACGAAGAAUAAGGCUGAACUUUAUAUUCGCGUCAGUUUACAAUUUACUGGGAAUACCGCUAGCUAGCGGGGCGUUUGCGCUGUUUGGAUUGCAAUUACAGCCGUGGAUGGCGUCAGCGGCCAUGGCGAUGAGCUCCGUGUCAGUCGUGUGUUCCAGUCUCUUGCUCAAAACGUUCAAAAAAGCCAAUCCACAAGAUCUCCGAACACCAGAAUAUGAACAAGCCUUACGACUCGAGCGAAGCAGCGUGCCCACAGCUAUAGUGGCUCAUAGAGGGCUGGAUGAUAAGGUGUAUGCGCAGGAUUCGAGAGCAUCGCCGUUGGCCAAAUUAUUCCAAAGGAACAAAUCGUCUGACGGUUGUCUACUACAAGAGGAGGACGACAUGUUGACCGUCUCGUUCAUACCAAAGCGGCCGACGCGGGAACAGCCGAGCGUCAACGGAGAAUUGUAGGCCAGGAGCUGGGGGCGGAUUUGAUUGUGUCAUUUGAUUUUUUAAUGAAAUAAAUAAAUGGUUUUGUUUAUGGUGAUGUGAUAUUGAUGAUAGGGUAUGCUCAAUUUUAAUGUAAAUUUUGCAAACAUUUUCAAGUAUUUUUCGUCAGAAAUAUAUCUUAGUAUUUAAAAUGUUUGUUUAAAUUUAAAAUGUUAUUGCACACGAAUAAAGUUGAAUAAUUUAUAUCCAAGAAAGUAGAGAAAGGGUAAUUAGAAUCACUACCGAGUAUAUAACUCUAAUAAUAAGUAAUUAUAAUAGCAGAUGUUUAUUUAUUUAUGUUAUUGUAAGAGGGCUCUAUAAGCUGUAUCGAAAGCUACCUCAGUUACAAAUUCAUGUAAUUAGUUUUUGCUAAGUUAGGCAAUUUUUUGUAGCUACCAUUGAGAUAUUUUUGCGUAAAAUAAAUAAAAUAUAUAAAAUUUACUGCCUUGCUCUGAAGAUUUUGACAUGUUUGAUAACAAGCUAGAUUUAUCGAAAUAAAUUAUUUAUUAUAACAUGGAAUUAUGUUAAUUAAUAAAUUUAAAGAUGAUUUUCACUCGAAUUAGUCGUAUUAGAUGACAUAAGAAAAUUUCCGCACAGCCCCUGGCCUAUUAGCAUGUAGCAUUUUGUAAAAAAUUGUAUCCAUUUUUGACCAAUAGUAACUUGUAUGUAAAUAUAGAACUAGUCAAUAUCCAGUGUUACCAUACAUCAGCAUACAACAUAUGUAUAAAGAGGGUUGCCAAUUAUUAAAUUAAUUUUUUUUAGUUCUCGAUAAAUCAAGAAUUUUAUAAAAACCUUUGUAGAGAAAAUAAAAUCUAUUUUUCUUAUUUUUCUGUAAUUUUAAAAGUGGCAACCCUUUUCGUUACAAUUUUAAUUAAAAUGCACAUAGUAUUUUUCAUUUUGUGGUAAUAUUUUUGUGAAUAAAACUACAAAAAUCUAUGUAAACAUGAGUACUCAGCAGAAAAAGACAUAAAAGUAAAUUAAAGUAUUUUUAAUAUCAUGGUCUGAUAUAUCUCUUAAAAAAAAUUAUAUUCGCCAUAAUUCAUCACACAGUUACCAAUCUUGUACAAAUGUCACUUUUCGCGCCAAAUACAUGGCUUCCACGGCCGCCAUUUUGAAUUAUGCACAAAUUAAAAGUACCUAAUAAAACUUAGGAAUAAAUAAAAAUGGUGCGUCGUAAUUUAUUUAAAUGAGGUUUUUAAUAGAAAAAAAAAAGUUUUAUUUCAAUCAAGAGGCUCGAGGUCGGUUUUCCCAAGCGGUCUUUAAAGAUUUAAUUUUAGAAAUAUAUUUAAAUCGAAUAUUAUAAUUGUAUCGACUAUUUAAUAAAUUUGCUAUAAAUAUUCCAUUUUUAUAAUUUUACUGUAAUACGUGUAAUUUUGUUGGAAAUGUUUAAAUUAAAUCUUAAAUACUAUUAAAUAUGACAUAUACUUCUUACAAGUUCCUAGGUAUAAAAGAGUAUAAGGCGUUCUAUACACGAAGCUUAACGCUACGUUGCAACCGCUAGUGUGUACGACGCCUAAAGUUAUCGAAAUAACUCUGUAAAAUAUUUAUACUCUGCUUUAUUCGAGCUAUUUGUAAUGUAAAUACAUGUUUAUACGCGAGUAUUAUAUUUUUGUACUGAUUUAGUCGUUAAUUAAGAUAACUUUGUAAAAAUAAAUUGUUAAAUUAAA